UACCUGGGCAUCGCGGUGGACGAGGCCGACCUGCUGCCCGGCGCGCUGCGGCUCCUGCGGGAGCUGCGGCCGCACUGGGACGCGGAGCGCGUGAAGACCAAGCUCUUCACCGAUGGCAUCACCAAUAAGCUCAUGGCCUGCUACGUGGAUGAGGCGAUGGCGGACGCAGUCCUGGUGCGUGUCUAUGGCAGGAAGACGGAGCUCUUCGUGGACCGAGAGAGCGAGCUGAGAAACUUCCAGGUGCUGCAAGCCCACGGCUGCGCCCCCAGCCUCUACUGCUCCUUCCAGAACGGCCUGUGCUACGAGUUCAUGCAGGGGAUAGCGCUGGGCCCCGAGCACGUGCAGGACCCCCAAAUGUUCAGGCUGAUUGCCCAGGAGAUGGCCAAAAUGCAUGCCAUCCACGCCAAUGGGAGCCUCCCCAAGCCCAGCCUGUGGCACAAGCUGCACAAGUUCCUUUCCAUCGUGAAAACGGAGCUCUUCACAAAGGUAUCCAACCCAAGCCUCCAUCAGGAUGUGCCCAGCCUGGAGGUGCUGGAACAAGAGGUUGCCUGGGUGCAGGAGUAUCUGUCCCAGCUGGGGUCCCCCGUUGUGCUCUGCCACAACGACCUGCUUUGUAAGAACAUCAUCUACAACGAAGCCGAAGGGCACGUGCGGUUCAUAGACUACGAGUACACAAGUUACAACUACCAGGCUUUUGACAUUGGAAACCACUUCAAUGAGUUUGCAGGAGGUGGAUUACCGGCUAUACCCCAGCAAAGAGACCCAGCUGCAGUGGCUGAGGCACUACCUGCAUGCCUACAAGCAACUGAACCAAGAGGACCAGGGAGGUGGAGGGGGAGCCGUGUCCGACAAGGAGCUGGAGACCCUCUAUGUGCAAGUGAACAAGUUCUCCUUAGCCUCCCAUUUGCUUUGGGCAUUCUGGGCCCUGAUUCAGGACAAAUACUCAACCAUAGACUUUAACUUCCUAAGGUAUGCAAAGCUAAGGUUUAGGCAGUACUUCAAGGCAAAGCCAGCGGUGACCACCCUGCACGUGUCCAAGUGACAUCCCCACCUGAGGAGUCCUCCGGUCCACAAGAUUGCAAGCCGUUCUCUCCUGCCACGUCCACGGACCUCAAGCUGUCACCCACAAGCAGGGAGAGCGGCCACUCAGGAGGGAGCAGAAGUGGGAAGGAUGGGGGAGGCUUUCCACGGAGCUGGCAAUUGAAAUGGAUGCCCUUGGGCAUGGCAAUACCAUCUCUGGGCAGGGCCCAGCGAUGGCUUUGCUGGAGACGCUGCAACGUGUUCAGAAAAGGACUUGGCUUUUUGUCUCGGAUUGAAACACUGGACCCUGAGGGAUGCGGGAAGCCCGUGGGCUCAGCCGGGCUGGACAGGGGAGUGCCUUGCGGACUGGUACCGCCUUCACAGUCAGCACUGGCCUGGCCCUGCUCUGCCCUUGGGCUGGGCCACCUCGCCGGUUUGUGCUUCACUGGACUGGACUGUUGCUGCUUGGCACUACGUUCUCUGUGGGGAUGUGCCAUCGAUUUUGCCCCAGCGGGGAGGGGUGUCUGUCUCUACCUCUUCCUUCUGCCCCAGGGCCCCUCUGCCCUGCUGACCUCUCCUUCCGAUGGACAGACGCAUCCUGCAGGGUCAAUGCUGGCUGCCCCAGUGGAAGACUUCUCCAACUGGGAUCUUUGUGGCUGCCUCCUUCCCUGCCACCCCUGCCCCUAUGCAGCUGCACAGCAGGCCCCAGACCUGCUUUCCUCCACUCCCAGCUGUGGGCAGCACAGUUCUGCCUCCCUCUGCCCUGGGGCGGGCUGAGCCCAGGAGCUCUGCAGGCCCAGGCUCCUUCCCCUUUCCUCUUUCAGCUCACUCUUAGGGGGUCUUUUCUCCCAUGUUGCACAGGGCUGGAGGACUCACUGCUAUGAGCCCUACAGCUGCUGCACCCAAGGCCCCAGGGCUGGGAGCCUUUCCUCUAGCCCUGAGCCUUAAAGCUGGGGUCAGAGUAGCUAUAAUGAGUGUGCCUCCCUACUCCCUUAACCUUGGCAAAGAGGCUCCUCUUGUCCCAUGUGCUCUCAGCAUCCACCCUUGCCUCAAGGAGGGGACAAGGGUGAAGGAGGGAUCCUGUAUGCCUGGGAGGGGGCUGUACAUCCAGCAUCUUCGCCCAGAAGUGGUCCGAGGGCCCUGGAGACCAAACCAGGGUUGUGUGUGCCUGCUCUGGGCUCUCUGCUCUGCCCUGCCCUUGGGCUGGAAGACUGAGAUCUGAACCUUCCCUGGGGCAAGGGGAGCAUGUUGGGAGCUAGAGAGGAUGGCUCUGGGUUUGAGUGUCCCGUAGCUUGACCCAGGCAGUGCGCUCAUGGUGCCAGGGGCUCUGAAGGUGUGUCCCGGGGUUCUUGUUUUGUGCACGUGUUUGUCUCAGGCUCUUGCUUUGCCUCAGAUUCACAGUCCAGCUGCUGCCAUCUCUGGGCUCCUAGCAGGGACUGGCACACGGCUGGGGCCCAGAGCGUGCUUUAUACCCACCUCGGAUGUGGCUGCUGAGCAAAGCUGUAAAGGAACCAGGUGGGAAGGCAGUGGGGCCUAGCCCUGCACCCCCUUGGUGGCUGCAUGGUUAAGGCCUGCAUCCUCUCCAAGCCCUUGGCACCUCUAUGCUGGGAGUAAAGGGCCCGGAGAGCCUGGUGGUGGGAACUGGUCCCCUCUCUCUUGGUUACGGGUCCUCAGGGGUCAUGUCCAGAAAUGGCUGACCUGUUUCUGCCCUUUAGCUAUUCCUGGCUGUGUUGCAAGCCCUGGGGCCUAUGGGUAGCUGAGUCUCUCAGAGACUCUACCCUGUGCAUGGGGAAGCAGUCCUGGCAGAAUAAUCCCAUGUAUCAAGAACAGUCCUUGCCCUUCAUUUCAUGUGCAGCUCAGGCAGGUGUGGGGGCAUCACAGCACCCACUUAAGAGCUUGCCCUGUGCUCCCAGGAGGUCAGCUGGGGCUGAAGGAGGUGGCUUUAACCCUUUCAGUGGCUCGUGUAUGAGCUGCAGCAUGCAGGGAACACACAGGGGUUUGGAGGGGAACUGGGCUCCCCACCUGAGCUCUGGGGAGCUCGACAGGCUAAUGGACACUGGUGCCGUGGGUAGUACCAGACAAUCCCAGCUGCUGCUGCAAAGCAGAGCACGCCAAUGCCGGAACUACAGAGACAGGGAGAGGGUGCAUCCCGC